AUGUUUUCAAAUACAUCUGUCAUUGUUGAUGGCAAAGCAAAAUUUGUUAUAGAUAUAGAAGAUUUGAUUGGAUUACAGGAUGCACUAAUUGUUAACGCUACGCUAACGGAAGCCCAAACAAAUAUCGCUGAAUACACUUCCAUUAAAAUUUAUAUCCAAAAGCAUAAGUAUAGUAUUACUGCAUCCGAAGAUGAGAUUGAAUUUCUGAAUGAAAUACCUUACAGAAUAAAGGCAAAAGUACAGCAUUUGAAUGGCACUAUAGUUAAAGAUCUGGAAACGACUGUAGUUAUGAAACAUGGUCCUAAGUGCUACGAAGCAAGAUUAGAUGACAAAGGAGUGACCACAUUUGAAUUUGAUUAUUCACAAAAUCCAUAUCCACAAAUUUUUUAUAUGAUAUAUGAUGUUCGUUCUUAUCUCCCGGAAACUUGGUUAUUUGAAGAUUUUGAAAUUUCUACCCCAACAGAAACUAUGAGCUUUCACGCACCCGACUCUAUAACAACCUGGGUUUUAACUGCUUUCUCGUUAAAUGAAGAAACUGGGAUUGGUAUUAUGGAUCCUACGUUUAACAUUACAGCGUCUAAGCAAUUUUUUAUUAGCACUUAUUUGCCGUAUUCUAUAAAACGUGGAGAAAUAGUUUCCAUACCAAUUGUUAUUUUCAAUUAUCACGCAGAAACUUUAAGAACUGAAGUUAUUAUGGAAAAUUCUUUGAGCCAGUUUAAGUUUGUGGAUGACACAAGCAAUGAGACCACCAAUUCCUUAAGUGAAAAGCGAAAUAUAAUUGUUCCAGCCAAAGCCAAAAACGAAUUAGCAACUGAUGCAGUUUUGCAAAAGUUACUUGUAGAACCUGAUGGAUUUUCUAUAGCUCGUAAUCAAGAGGUAUAUGUAUCAGUGACACCAGAAGAAGAUGUAAACAUCUAUUUCGAGACCAAUAUGCCGAUUAAUGUAGCACCCGAUUCCGAAUUUUUACUACUAUCAAUAAGUGGUAAUGUUUUAUUGCCUUCCUUGAAUAACUUGGAUGUUUUAGUUGAAAAGCCCACUGGUUGCGGUAAACAGAACAUGAUACAUUUUGCUCCAAAUAUUCUUGUUUUGGAAUAUCUCUGUGCCACACGUCAAACUUCAAAGUAUGCUGAACUAGUGGCAAAAGCGAAAAAGUAUUUAAAAUGUGGUUAUCAAAAUCAGCUGAAAUUUCGCCAUUCGAAUGGUGGUUAUAGUGUUUUUGGUAAUGGACGUAGUAUUCAGCCGGAAUUUCGCCAUUCGAAUGUUGGUUAUAGUGGUUUUGGUAAUGGACGUAGUUGUCAGCCUAGUAAAUGGCUGACAGCUUAUGUUUUACGUUUCUUUAUUAAGGCCCUUAAAUAUAUGUCCAUCAAAUCGAGUAUCAUUGAGAGUAGUUUGAAUUAUUUGACAACCCAACAAUUGAGCGGUGGUGAGUUUCAAACUGCUGGGUACCUGUUUCAUCCAGCCUAUCAAAGUCGUAAUGGUUUUACCGCUUUUGUACUAAUGGCGUUUCUGGAAAAUGCGAAAUAUGCCAGAAAACACAAAACAGUGGUGCAAAAAGCUCUUGACUUUUUAUCCAACAAUAUACAUGAAAUUGAUGAUAUCUACUCAUUGGCCAUUAUGGCAACAGCAUUUCAAAUGGCUAAACAUGAACAGGCUUCUCUUGUAUUAGAAAAACUGAAACCACUAGCCAAAAAUUCAAAUGGAUUACAAUGGUGGGAGGAUAAUUCAGAUUAUCGUGUAACUGAUAUAGAAAUUACAUCUUAUAUUUUAUUGGCUUUAUUAUACACACCUGGUCAAUAUUUGCCUAUAGCGAAGUGGCUGCUGGAGCAGCGUAAUGUUCGAGGAGGUUUCAAAUCAACGCAAGAUACAGUUGUGGGUUUACAGGCGUUAAUUAAAUUCUUCCAGUUAACAGUACCACAGAAAGACACUUUAAAAAAGGUUUCAUGUAGAGCUUUAAGUAUACAAAAAGAAGAACUAGAAAAUGUUAUAUUGGGUCUGGAUCCAGAUACUGUUAACAUUUUGCAAGAUUAUGAGAUACCAACUUAAAAACAAAUAUGAUUGUUGCAGAAGUCAAUCUACCAUCUGUCUUCCUUGCAAACGAUGAAAGUCUGGAUGUAUUAAGAUAUAGCACUAUUGUCGAUCGCAUUGAAAAUGAUAAACCAUUUCAAAUUGUUUUAUAUUUUACAACCAUCGAAGAGAACAACGAAAGGUGUAUAAAUCUCUUGGCCGACA